AGUCACGCCUUAUCUUGUACGCAAUACCUAGUGCAAGAGUGGUUUGGUCAAAGUUACAACGGCAGAGCUUCGGGGGAAGCGUCGUCUUGUCUCUGCGCUGGUUCCCUUUGGAAGUCCGCAGUUACGCAAUCUACACAGAGACCAUGAAGAUCCGUGCAAAACAGACUUCAUUCCUUCUAACGUCUGUGUUAUUUCUCUGUGUAGCUGCAGACCAGAAUGCACCUGAAGUCCACACAAAGCUCGGGAGCCUGAGAGGUCAAUAUGUGACUGUAAAGGGGAAGGAGACUGGGGUCCAUGCCUACCUGGGUGUCCCAUUUGCCAAGCCACCUGUAGGCCCUGCUCUGAGACUGGCUGCACCUCAGCCUGUGGAGGGAUGGGAAGGAGUGAGAGACGCCACCCAGCAGCCACCUAUGUGUGUUCAGCACAAACAAUUUAGCAUAGAUCUGCUUGAAAAACUCGGUGGCUUGAUGGUAGAUAUUCCAGACAUUUCAGAGGACUGCCUUUACCUCAACAUUUACACUCCAGCAAACAGAGCGCACGAUGCAAAGCUCCCAGUCAUGGUCUGGAUCCAUGGUGGAGGGUUUUCUAUGGGGUCAGCUUCCAUGUAUGAUGGAUCUGCCCUGGCUGCUUACCAGGAUGUGGUUGUGGUUCUGAUCCAGUACCGCUUGGGACUUCUUGGCUUUCUCAGCACUGGAGAUGAGCACAUGUCAGGAAACUUUGGCCUGUUGGACCAGGUAGAAGCUCUGAGGUGGAUCCAGAAGCACAUUCAUAACUUUGGAGGAAACCCAGAUUUAGUUACCAUAUUUGGGGAGUCUGCUGGCGGAGUGAGCGUGUCCUUUCAUCUUCUCUCGCCACUGUCUAAAGGCCUGUUCCACCGUGCUAUUGCUGAGAGUGGCACUGCUGCAAUGGAUUUGGUCCUUUCCUAUGAUCCUCUACCAGUGACUCAGGUGAUAGCAAAUUCAUCUGGCUGUAGCCUUGAAAGUACAGAGAAGAUUGCUGAUUGCAUGAGAAACCUUGAUAUUGACACCAUUGUAGCUCUUGGACAGGAUCCAACAUUGAGAAUUACUACAAAUAUUGAUGGACACUUCAUGACAAAACCUGUGGAUGAGCUCUACCGUUCACAUGAACUUCUCACUGUACCAUUCAUGACUGGUGUUACUAAUGAUGAAGGGGGCUGGUUACUGCCUGGUUUCUUUCUUCCUUCAAACUGGACAGAGGGAUUGGAUCGAGAGCAAAUUCUGAACAUACUGUUCAUGUUCUUCCCUGAUCCCAAAGAUGCAGUCUUAAGAGAAAUGUUAGUUGAUGAAUACAUUGGUACCGGUGAAGAUCGUGUGAAAAACAGAGAUGGGUUCACUGAGAUCCUUGGAGAUAUGCUCUUCAAUAUUCCAGCUGUUCAGGCUGUUAAUGCCCACAGAGAUGCAGGUGCCCCUGUGUACCUGUAUAAGUACCAGUAUGCACCCAAACUUCUGCAAAAGAAGAGGCCUAGCUUUGUUGGGAGUGACCACGGAGAUGAACUCUUCACAGUAUUAGGAUACUGCUUCACAACUGCCCAUGUCACAAUACCUAAUGAUUCAUGCUCUGAAGAAGAGGAAGAGCUGAGCAGAAUCAUGAUGAACUACUGGGGCAACUUUGCUCACACAGGGUCUCCUAAUGGGGCUGGCCUUGUCCACUGGCCAAAGUAUGAAGCAGAAGAACACUAUCUGUCAAUUGAUUUAAAGGAGCAGGUAGUUGCUCAGCACCUGAAGAAGGACCGGUUUGUCCUCUUGACUCAGACUCUCCCGGAGAAGAUCCAACAACACAAAGAGAAGAUGGGGCACAGCGAGUUAUAGAAUAGUCACCUCUCCUUCUCCAUAACAUAUACACAAAAAAUAUAUUGAUUCUAUCUUCAACCACAAACAAGUCAGUCAAAAAGCAGUCCACAUAUUGCAGUCACAAUAGUAAUAAUACUACUAAUAAUACUUUUGUGGUACUUUUUGUUGCAGCUGAUCAGUCUUUACAACUGCAUUAACAAAUACCCCAGAAGAAAAUACAAAGGGAACGAUUUAUGAUGUUUUUGUUGUCAAGCUUGAAACCGUCUGCUCAAAGCACUGUGCAUUUUAUGAAAUUUGGAAAGGAAAUCCUUUCAAAAUAUAUAUUAAUGAGAUGUUCAGAUUACACAAUUAAAAAUGUGGGUGAGAUGGUGGUAGCGGGUCAGAUUUCAAGUUGGGAGAAUACUUUUAGUAGCCAGUUUGUGAAAUAAACAUAAAUGUGACUCCAAGGUAGAUUGCUACAGGGAGUAUUAUGUAGCAGACGUGUACCUGUAAUCAUGUGUUACCCCCACUGUGUUUGCCCUCUUAUUUCAUAACUCCUAAAUGAACUGGAUUCUAAUUUUAAAUAAAAUCAUCUGGACCUGUUAUGUGAAAUGUUUUACUAUUACGUUAUGUGUUGUCUGUAUCCCUGACUCGCACAAAUGAACGCACGCACGCACAUGCGCGCGCGCGCACACACACACACACAGAGGCUGAUGGUGUGAUUGACUUAACAUGGACCCAGGUCAAAAGCCAAACUUGUAACCAGGGUUUCUGUACUAGUCCAACACUAUUGUGUUAAAGGUGCACAUGGUUUACUUGAAGGUUAACAACAGUAAGGGGGGCUUACGUAAUACAGUGCUGGUGUUUAGGGCUGCAACAUUUUAUUACAUGAUAAUAAAAAUCCAGCUGAAAAGAGAUAAGCCUUUUAGGUGAUAGUUGAGAGCAGCAGUGGGAAACACAUGCAAACCAUCAAAAAAACAAAAAAGAUAAGAAAAAAUGUUGUUUUCAGUUUUGAAUAUUUUAUUACUGAGAAGAGCGCUUAAGCUGAAAAGCUCCCUGAAGUCUGAUGUGAGCAGUUCAAUAGGUCGAACUUAAUUUGUUUUCAACAAAAUCAGGAGUAUCGCAUUGAAAAUGGUACAAAGCAACACUUUUCCAAGGCAAAUCAUUCAAACAGCUGGGUGCAGAGGGCUUACAGAUAGGAGAAUGUAAAAAACAAUUAUACUUAAUUUGAGAGGAAAUGAAUAAAAAGUGUUAAAAUUAAGUUGAUGGCGUUUUAGCAGACACUUUUUUUGCAAAUGUUAGUAAAGCUGCAGUCAGAUAUAAAAGUGCUGGCCAGUGGUUUUGAAUGAUUCACUAUACUGCCCAGAAAAGUGCACUUGGAGGAAGAAAGCUACUGGGCAACACCUUCAGGCCGUAAUGAGGCAUACAGACACGUACUUGGUACUUUGAGAUGCACUUUGAGCUGUUAGUUUGUAUAAUGUUCAGCUAGCUUAGUCUCAAGUUCGAGAUGAAUUGGAAAACUUUGCAGAUAAAAAGCCAGGCAAACGUUAUGUCGGCCGUUUAAACAAACAACAAAUGGAAUACAUUUCAAAGGUAAGAGAAGUUUCUGUUUCAGACCAUCAUUAUAUAAGCGCAUAAACCUGUAUUAUUCUGAUAUUUUGAUCAGCUUAUGUAUAGGUAUUAUUAUUCUAUUGCGGUACGAUACAUUUUCCAACUUACAUAAUAUUAUGUUAGGUAUGGUGACGAGCGUGUUUGAUGUAGGCCAAUGAGAGCACAUCACUAUCUCGUAUGUUCAAAGGGCAAAAACUGGAUGAUGUAGCUCCGGUGUUUGAUAAGACAGCAAACACUCUCUUAUCAAUGGUUAGAAAACUGCCCAGUUGUAAAACUCAGUACUCCUAUUGGACAAAUUA